AUGAACAACAUUCAUGAUUUUAGUGAAUCCACAUGUUUCACUGUAGAGAGCAAUCAUGAAACACUCCACGUCCCCUCAUGUGCGCCAAUCAUCUCAAGUAUCCAGGCCCCCAACUGCCAACGACGCCACAAAACUUUCCAAGCCCCCGUCAUCCAUCGACCCCGUCUCCCCACCCCUCAUGUACACAUCCUCACUCCCAACCACCCCCUCCCCGUCAUGUAUAACCACAGCCUCCCUCCUCCGCCUCCUAACAUCCCUCUCUCUCUCCUCGGCCCCGAUCCCCCUCUCCUGCCCAUCCCGCUCCACAUUCCCAAUCACCCUCCACCUCCCAACCCGCCUCCCCAUCCGCGCAACCUGCCCCUCCUUCCAUAUCCCAAGCUCACACAGCAUAUUCAUCGCCAAUUGCGCCUUGCGCCUCGUAUCCUCAUCCGCGCUCUUGAGAUCGCGCAGCAGGGCCUUGCGCGCAGACUUGUUGGCAUAGAAGCGCGUGCAUAG